CUAACUACCCCUACUUUUUUUUUAUAUAAAAUUAAUCACUUCUAAAAAAAGCUUCAAUGAUCAUGAAAGAACCGUGUACAUUAUUCCCCCAAAGCCACCCACACCCCCCAAUCCCUGGCACUCUCCCUACCUUUUUUGAAAUUAAUCACUUCUUAAAAAAGCUUUAAUGGAAACGUUCCACCAAGAAAGUAGCAAAAUUACAAGGAAGAGGAAAUAGCAUCUUCAAUCACACACUUAAGUAAUUUCACUACUCGCAAUCCAUGUGAAUACCCAAGACCAAAACAACAAGUAAUCCCAAACACAUACGCAAAUAUGACUCAAACUAUAAAAAAAUUAAAAAAUUAAAAAAAAACCUUAAUUUGCUUUUGAUCACUAAUUCGAGACGCUAUGUCAACACGUACUCCCUCUAUAUAAAUGCCAUGGUUUAUGACAGGUAAAGGCAAUCAAUCAUCUGGAUCAACACAAACACCCAGUUAUGGAAAUGCAAAGCAGGUCUUUGAUUUUAGGUGUGGUGCUACUAAUUGGCUUUGCAUUGACAAAUAGCAAAGCUGCUCUUACAGUUCCACCCAUUCAUAUUGACACUCCCUUCAACAGGAGCAGUUUUCCACCAGGUUUCAUAUUUGGCUCAGCUUCAGGAUCUUACCAGUAUGAAGGUGCUGCAAGUGAAGGUGGUAGAGGACCAAGCAUAUGGGAUACCUACACCCACAAUCAUUCAGAAAGAAUUGCUGAUCGCAGUAACGGAGACAUCGCUCUUGAUCAAUAUCACAAGUAUAAGGAAGAUGUGGGUAUUAUGAAAGAUAUGGGGUUAGACGCUUAUAGAUUCUCUAUCUCGUGGUCCAGAUUGUUACCAAGUGGAAAGUUAAGUGAUGGUGUGAACGAGGAUGGAAUCACAUACUACAACAAUCUAAUCAAUGAACUCCUUCGAAAUGGUCUAAAGCCAUUUGUCACACUCUUUCAUUGGGAUCUUCCUCAAACUUUAGAAGACGAAUAUGGUGGUUUUUUAAGCCCUCGUGUUGUCAAUCAUUUUCAAGACUAUGCAGAACUAUGUUAUAAGAAAUUUGGUGAUCGAGUAAAGUAUUGGACCACGUUGAAUGAGCCAUUUACCUAUAGUAGCAAUGGUUAUGCAUUUGGCUCUAUGGCACCAGGACGAUGCUCUACUUGGCAAAAACUAAAUUGCACUGGCGGAAAUUCAGCUAUUGAACCAUAUCUGGUGACACACCACCUCCUCCUUGCUCAUGCAGCUGCUGCAAACUUGUAUAAGAAUAAAUUUCAGGCAUCUCAAAAAGGUGUGAUAGGACUUACGCUUGUGUCACCCUGGUUUGUGCCUCUUUCAGAGGCAAAUGAAGAUCAAAAGGCUGCAUUACGGGCUUUGGACUUUACUUUUGGAUGGUUUAUGGAGCCAUUAACAAGUGGUAACUAUCCGCACAUCAUGCAGUCUCUUGUUCAAGGACGAUUACCAAAAUUCACAGAAGAACAAUCCAAAUUACUAAUUGGGUCAUUUGAUUUUCUUGGACUAAAUUACUAUACUGGUUUCUAUGCAAGUGAUACAUCUCAUAAUAUUUCUGCACAUGCAAGCUACAAUGCAAGUGAUGCAUCUCAUAAUAUUUCUGCACAUGCAAGCUACAUAACAGAUACUCGCGUGAAUCUUACAUCUGAGCGAAAUGGAGUCCCUAUUGGUGCAAAGGGUGCUUCAGACUGGCUAAAUAUUUACCCAAUAGGAAUUCAAGAUUUUUUACUCUACACGAAGGAAAAGUACAACGAUCCAAUCAUUUACAUUACCGAGAAUGGCAUUGAUGAAUUGAAUGAUCCAAAAUUAUCACUUAAGGAAGCCCUUUAUGAUACCAAGAGAGUUGACUACCACAUGCUUCACCUCUUUUAUGUUCAAAGUGCAAUCAAAAAUGGUGUCAAAGUGAAGGGAUAUUUUCUAUGGUCAUUGCUAGACAACUUCGAAUGGAGUGCUGGAUACACUGUUCGAUUUGGUAUCAACUUUGUGGAUUACAAUAAUGGGUUGAGAAGGCUCCCAAAACUCUCAGCACACUGGUUCAAAAGUUUCCUCAAAAAAUACUGAAAAAGUUUCUUAUUAUUCACAAUAUAAACGUUUAAGUGGAUCACUUCCCUCUUUCCUUAUUUAUAUUCCUUCAAUAAUGGGAUUGUUAUUUGUGUACAAUAUUAAAGAGAUCACAUUUGUGUAUUGCGUUUGUGCACUAUAUUUAAAUUCCAAAUGAUGAAUAAAAAUAAAUGCCUAUUAUGUAUCCAA